CAAACAUACAACACACACAAACACCCACGUAUUUUUCUCUCUCUCUCCGGCAAACAGUUCCGGCCGGCGAUGACGGCGAAGGUGGAGGCGGCUCACGGCGGCGGCGCCGCUACGAUGGUGGUGGAGGAGUCUUCUUCACGGCGAACCAGCAACCCCCCCUUUGCUGCUCGCACUCUCUCCCCGUUUUCUUUUCCGAUCGGACAAGCUCCGAUCGUCGUUUACGGCGACGAUGAUGAAGAACGACGGCGGUCUGUGUAUGGACCGGCGGUCGGUACAAUUAUCCGGCGGUCCUUGUCUCGGACCGGCGGUUCUUGCUUCGGUCCGUCGAGUUUCGCGUUGAUGAUGAUGAUGAUGUUUUGGUUUGAGUGUGGUUCGGGUCACAGCCGCAGUUCGGGUGAUGCUCGGUUCAGAUCUAGUCACGGUGGUUGUGCUAGUGGUAGGGAGUUGUUUAAUACGAGUCAAAAGUCGGUCGAACUUGGUAACACGAUACUGGAGGAGUUUUAACGCGUGUGUUGAACCGAGCUCUAGCGACCCGACCAUUGUAGUGAGACACUAACUUAACCAAAUGUUAACCGGUGAUAUUCGGGUUUAUAGCUAUUAUGUGACUGCAAGAAUAAAUAUUGUAUGUAUACUUAUCUAGACAAAAAAAAAAGGUUCAUAGUGACAGCAGGAAUAAAUACAUUGGCUCAAAAAUUAGAUUACUA